AUGGAUGCUCGUCAAUUUGCUCGCAAGAUCGUUCAAAAAGUUCGUACACUCUCAGCACAUGUUGGAGCGACGCCAUAUUCAUAUGCGUCUCUCGACGAGGCUGCGCGCGAGAUCAGGCUUAUGGAACUUCAUCCAGGAAGUCCUAAAGAUCCGAUCAGAGUCAGUCUGUCGAUUACACCUUUCACAUCAGACCAUGUACCGAUGUUCGAGGCACUGUCUUAUACAUGGGGUUCGCCCAAGAAACAAAGUACCAUUUUUGUUGGGAAGUCAGGCUGCGAAACUCUCUCGAUCACGCAGAACCUAGCAGAAGCACUACCAUACCUUCGAUACGAAGAUAAACCUCGAGUGCUGUGGAUUGACGCUAUCUGUGUCAAUCAACAGGACUUAAAGGAAAGAGGUCAGCAAGUCAAGCGAAUUGCGGAAAUAUCCACCAAAGCGACGAGAGUUGUUGCCCGGCUGGGACCAGAGUCGAAGACAACAGCUAGGGCCAUAGAAUGCUUCAACGAUAUCGCAUCCCAUAUCGAUGUGAACUUAAGUACUCAAUGUUUGAUACCUUUAUCAGACUGCGAUGCACCUUGGACAGAUCUUGCCCCGCAGCAACCUUUUGACGAAGCUUCUUACUCAGCUAUAUUGGAUUUUAUUAGCAGUGAAUGGUUCCAGCGUCUAUGGAUAGUGCAAGAGAUCCGAUUGUCGUCUCAAGAGUCUGUCCUGUUGCGCGGCCGUCAACUCGUCAAAUGGACGUUAUUUCGCAAAGUUUCUUUCUUCCUGCAUCGCAAACUGUCCUUGCUUAAUAUAUCUUUUGAUCUUUACAGUUUGCUAAACGCACGUCUCAUGGAAAUAUACCCGCUCGGCAUUAGGGGUGCAUAUCCUGACCUUAGAUACCUGAUGCAGGCAACAAAAACCUGCAAGUGCUCGGACCCUAGAGAUCGGGUAUUCGCUUUAAUCUCACUACUAGACAGCCCUCUAGGCUAUGGAUUUGAGCUGGACUAUAAUAAACACUUCUUAGACGUAUAUCGGGACGUCCACCAAGAACUCACACCCUCGCAUAAUUUCAGAAUGUACGCCAAAGGAUAUAGAGGAUUGGCUCCUGAAGUAGCCCGAUCUGGCGAUAUAAUCACUGUGCUGUUAGGGUGCCCAAAUCCUAUGAUUCUCCGGGCUACUACUGAAGGCUUCAAAGUUGUUGGCGAGGCUUACUGUGAUGUUUUGAUGAGUGGAGAGGCAUUGUUGGGCUCAUUGCCCCCUGGUUUCGAGCUGAUCCUCACGUUUGCUGAGAGUGCUGGGUACUAUCGGAGAUUUGUUAAUUCAAAGGCUAGUAUUUCCCAGGUUCCAGAUCCGAGGUUGAGCCAGAUCCCUUUUCCGCCUGGCUGGAGAGUGCAAAGUCAUGACUCAGAAGAGGACUUUGCAAAGUAUGUCAACGAUAUUACUGGGGAGAAUAGCUUGUACGAUCCAAGACUCGCACCAGAUGCCCUGAGACAGCGUGGAGUGGAGAUACAAACAUUCGAUCUGAUCUGA